UACCAGCUUCUUCUCCCUUCAUGCUCUUGUCAUGAGAGGCAAGAGAAUAUGAAAUGCUGCGUGGCCUUCAUGAUCCAAAGCGAAAACAGUUUGCAUCGACGAUCGGCAGAGAAGACCAUCGGCCGCCAAUCAUUCUUCCGAAAUGACUGGUUGCUGCCCUUCCAGGUGGUAAGGUCGUGUCCAGGCAUGGUUGAUGAACCAGUCGGUCUUGGCCGGGCAUGAAUCGCAGCAUGCGGAAGAGCGGGUCAGGAGGCCAGGCCUGAAAUGAGGGCAAGCCGAUGCAGCUCGACACUGACGCGGCUCGGCCUGGCGCCUCACUGAUGAUGCGGCUUAGGCAGAAUUUGUGAGGCGGCUUUCCAGUCGGAGAUAGCCGGCGGUGGAACACGAUCACGUGGUCGUACCAAGCUUUAUCUGUGUCGAUAGAGGCAGAGGAGAUAGUGCGAAGAGAGGGGGAACACUUUACUGGAUGCAAUCAUGCAAUCGUUUCUCCUCGUCAUUUUUUGAUAAAUCUGUCAAAAGAAGCGGAUCAAAGCCAGAUAUAAAAGCAUCUCGCUCUUUUGGGCAGAUCCUCACUCACGUCUCCUCAUCCCUCCACAACAUCGAUAACAUGCCUGCCGUCCUCCUUGUCUUCACCUCCUGCAGCAAGACCCUCACCGGAAAGCCUACCGGCUGGUACCUGCCUGAGGCUGCUCACCCUUACUACAUCCUGUCCCCCCAUGCCACGAUCGAUUUUGCCAGCCCAGCUGGCCCCAACCCUCCUAUUGACGAGUACAGCGUGAAGAUGUUCACCGACGACGAGAGCGUCAACUUCCUCAAGGACCCUGCCGUCCAGGCCAAGUUCGCCUCCGCCAAGAAGCUCUCAGAUGUCAACGUGAAGGACUACGAUGCCAUCUUGUACAUUGGUGGACACGGGCCCUGCAUCGACCUCUCCGUCGAUCCUGUGAACGUGAAGCUCGCUUCCGAGUUCUUCCAAGCUGGCAAAAUCACCGCCGCUGUGUGCCACGGUCCCGCUGCCAUUGUCGGCGCAGUUGACGCUGAGGGCAAGUCCAUCUUUGCCGGCCGCGCCGCCACUGGUUUCUCCAACGCCGAGGAGAAUGCUGUUGAUAUGGUCCAAGAAAUCCCCUUCUUGCUCGAGGAUCGCAUCGUCAGCCUCGGCGGAAAGUACGAGAAGGCCGCCGAAAUCUGGGGGCCCCACGUUGUCCGCGACGGUGUGCUAAUCACCGGACAGAACCCGUCCUCUGCUGGCCCCAUUGGCAAGGAGAUUCUCAAAGCCCUCACCCAGUAAUUGGUCGACGUAGUUAGGGGUUCCGUAGCCAUUGCGUGAAAUGAAAUUGUACUUGAUCUCAAAA